UAUAACUCAUUCACCACAGAGCUCCCCUGGAAAUCUUGCGACAACCCUUGGAAUACAGACAAAUGUUUCUCCAACUACAGCAUGGCGAACAACGCCAAUAUGACGAGCGCCGUCCUGGAGUUCUGGGAACGUAACAUGCAUCAAAUGACUGAUGGUUUGGAAAAGCCGGGAGAGAUAAGACUGCCACUAGCAAUAACACUGGCCAUUGCCUGGGUUCUGGUCUAUUUUUGUAUCUGGAAGGGCGUAGGCUGGACUGGAAAGGUGGUAUAUUUCUCAGCGACAUACCCGUACUUCAUGCUGUUUAUCCUGUUCAUCCGUGGAGUGACGCUGCCUGGAGCGAAAGAUGGCAUUUUGUUCUAUAUCACGCCUGAGUUCAGCAAGCUGAAAGAAUCAGAGGUGUGGCUUGAUGCAGCCACUCAGAUCUUCUUCUCUUAUGGUCUGGGCCUGGGCUCUCUGAUUGCCCUUGGGAGCUACAACCCUUUCAACAAUAAUGUUUACAAAGAUUCUAUCAUCGUCUGCUGCAUCAAUUCCUUCACCAGUAUGUUCGCUGGAUUCGUCAUUUUCUCUAUCGUAGGUUUCAUGGCCCACAUCACACAGCGGCCCAUAGCAGACGUGGCUGCAUCAGGGCCAGGGCUGGCAUUCUUAGCCUACCCAGAGGCAGUCACACAGCUGCCCAUCUCACCGCUCUGGGCAAUCCUGUUUUUCUCCAUGUUGCUUAUGCUUGGCAUUGACAGUCAGUUCUGUACGGUGGAAGGAUUCAUCACUGCACUCGUCGAUGAGUUCCCCCACUUGCUACGAGGAAGACGAGAGAUCUUUAUCGCUGUUGUCUGCUUCGUGUCUUAUUUGAUUGGCCUGUCGAACAUCACACAGGGUGGCCUCUAUGUGUUCAAACUGUUCGACUACUAUUCUGCCAGUGGAAUGUGUCUGCUGUUCCUGGUGUUCUUUGAAUGCAUCUCCAUAUCCUGGUUCUAUGGUGUCAAUAAAUUCUACAGCAAUAUUGAGGAGAUGAUUGGAUACAAGCCCUGCAUUUGGUGGAAGCUGUGCUGGGUCGCAUUCACCCCUUUGAUUGUGGCGGGUGUGUUCCUCUUCAGCGCCGUUCAGAUGGUCCCUCUUACAUUGAACAAUUACGUGUUCCCAAAGUGGGGGCAAGGUGUAGGCUGGUGCAUGGCCCUGUCUUCCAUGGUUCUUAUCCCAGGAUACAUGGGCUACAUGUUCCUCACCCAGAAGGGCUCAUAUAAAGAGCGCCUUCGGAUAAUGACUCAGCCCAUGACGGUGGUU